AUGGUGGAGAGCACAAAACGAGAGGGGAAAAGACAACCCAAGGCAGCCAGCAACGUGCCAGACCCCCUGGGGAACACAAUGUUCUUCCUGCGCCGCGGCCUGGCCCCGGCCCCGGCCCGCGCAGGGCCCCGGGGGGACAGAGCCCGGCCCGGCCUGGACCCCCCCGCUGGAACCGGCCCGGGGGAACAGGGCCUGGCCCGGACCCCCCCGCUGGAACCGGCCCAGGGGAACAGGGCCUGGACCGGACCCCCCCCGCUGGAACCGGCCCGGGGGGACAGGGCCCGGACCGGACCCCCCCGCUGGAACCGGCCCGGGGGAACAGGGCCCGGCCCGGACCCCCCCCGCUGGAACCGGCCCGGGGGGACAGGGCCCGGACCGGAUCGGAUCCCCCCCGCUGGAACCGGCCCGGGGGGACAGGGCCUGGCCCGGACCCCCCCCGCUGGAACCGGCCCGGGGGGACAGGGCCCGGACCGGAUCGGAUCCCCCCCGCUGGAACCGGCCCGGGGGGACAGGGCCUGGCCCGGACCCCCCCGCUGGAACCGGCCCGGGGGAACAGGGCCCGGCCCGGACCCCCCCCGCUGGAACCGGCCCGGGGGAACAGGGCCCGGACCGGCCCGGACCCCCCCCGCUGGAACCGGCCCGGGGGAACAGGGCCCGGACCGGCCCGGACCCCCCCCGGCUGGAACCGGCCCGGGGGAACAGGGCCUGGACCGGCCCGGACCCCCCCGGCUGGAACCGGCCCGGGGGAACAGGGCCUGGACCGGCCCGGACCCCCCCGCUGGAACCGGCCCGGGGGGACAGGGCCCGGCCCGGACCCCCCCGCUGGAACCGGCCCGGGGGGACAGGGCCUGGCCCGGAUCGGAUCCCCCCCGCUGGAACCGGCCCGGGGGCGGCAGGGCCCGGCCCGGACCCCCCCGCUGGAACCGGCCCGGGGGCGGCAGGGCCCGGCCCGGACCCCCCCGCUGGAACCGGCCCGGGGGAACAGGGCCCGGCCCGGACCCCCCCGCUGGAACCGGCCCGGGGGGACAGGGCCCGGCCCGGACCCCCCCGGCUGGAACCGGCCCGGGGGGACAGGGCCCGGCCCGGACCCCCCCGCUGGAACCGGCCCGGGGGGACAGGGCCUGGCCCGGAUCGGAUCCCCCCCGCUGGAACCGGCCCGGGGGCGGCAGGGCCCGGACCGGACCCCCCCGCUGGAACCGGCCCGGGGGCGGCAGGGCCCGGCCCGGACCCCCCCGCUGGAACCGGCCCGGGGGAACAGGGCCCGGCCCGGACCCCCCCCGCUGGAACCGGCCCGGGGGAACAGGGCCCGGCCCGGACCCCCCCGCUGGAACCGGCCCGGGGGAACAGGGCCCGGCCCGGACCCCCCCGCUGGAACCGGCCCGGGGGCGGCCGCAGCCCCUGGCACCCCCCGAGCCUAACACAGCCCUGGUCGCCCCCGGGGCCGGCGGCUGCCCCCAGCCCGGGUCCCCAUCCCGCCCUGCCGCAGCCCCACCGUGGGACCCCAACCCUCCCCCGUCCCCCCUGGGGAACAUCAACCCCGUCCCGAGGUCCCCACCGGCUGCACGGACACCAGCCGCAGCUCAGGGCCCUGUCACCGGCCCCGCCGUGGAGCCUCAGCCCCGGGCCAGCUCCUGA